GAGUCGGUGGUGGUCGAGAUCCGGCGUCGUCGGAUCCGAAGAAGAUGAAGAUUUCGAGCGGUGUGGUCGCUUCUGUCAUUGCCGUCUCCACCGCUGCCCUCUCUUCUUCCUCCACUCUUCCUCCAAUCUCCCCAAAGGUUUGGGAAUCGAGGAAGACGAAUGGGUCGGAGAAUUUUGAGCCGAGGUUUGAUGGGUUAAGGUUCAUAGAGACGCUGGUCACAGCACACAGAUAGAUUUCAAAUACCAUUCAUUUCACUUGGUGGUGCAAAAGCUUUUGUUUUUGAUACAGAAGCGUGAGUGCGUCACUUGGGUCUUUUUAAUCUCAUCAUUCAUCUUCUCUUGUUGUCUUCUAUUUACUCUUGUAUUGAUAAUUUAUUAACAUUCUUUUGCUUCAAGGGAUAUGCUAAAUUGAACUCUUUUGUUGUGGUAAACUUUGUUUCAUAUUUUUUGGUGUGUACUCUUUGUUGUGGCAAUGGCACUGAUUGGUGUUUGGAAUCAUGGCUUGUUUUUGGUAUAAAGAGCAAUUCAAGGU